AUGCUGGAUUGCCUAAAGAAAAGACUGGAAGACGCAGAAGGAAAAUGGGUCGACGAGCUGCCAGGUGUCCUAUGGGCUUAUCGCACAACCAAAAGGAGAUCGAUCGGAGAGACACUAUUUUCCCUGGCCUAUGAAACAGAAGCAAUCAUUCCCCCACACAUCACAGUCCCUUCCAUGAGCAUUGAGGUGGGCAGUCUUGACCAAAACUACAAGCAGAUGAAAGUCAACCUUGAUAUGCUCGAAGAAGGCCAAGAUCAGACAGUUUCACCCUGGAGACCUUGUGCUCAUGAAAACUUUCAUCACAGAACCAAGACAAGGGUCAAAGAAGAUGAAGCCAAACUGGGAAAGCCCCUACGUGAUCAGUCGAUCUGGGGGCAGAGGAAGUUACACCCUCGACACUCUAGAAGGGAAAGAAAUUCUGAGACAAUGGAAUGCCCACCACAUUCGAAGAUACUAUCCAUGAAACUCUUCGCUUACCAGCUCUGCUCCUAG